GCGUCACUGCGGCGCGCCGGAAAUGGCUGCCGCAGUCGCCAGUGCCCCCGGAAGUGGUCGCUGCGGGAGAUUGUUGUUGACUCUCUUGGCUGGCGAUGGGUUGCGACGGGGGCACUAUCCCCAAGAGGCACGAACUGGUGAAGGGGCCGAAGAAAGUUGAGAAGGCUGACAAAGAUGCUGAAUUGGUGGCCCAGUGGAACUAUUGUACUCUAAGUCAAGAAAUAUUAAGGCGACCAAUAGUGGCCUGUGAACUUGGCAGACUUUAUAACAAAGAUGCUGUCAUUGAGUUUCUCCUGGACAAAUCUUCCGAAAAGGCUCUUGGGAAGGCAGCAUCUCACAUUAAAAGCAUUAAGAAUGUGACAGAACUAAGGCUUUCUGAUAAUCCUGCCUGGGAAGGGGAUAAAGGAAACACAAAAGGAGACAAGCAUGAUGACCUCCAGCGGGCACGUUUCAUCUGCCCAGUCGUGGGCUUGGAGAUGAAUGGCCGACACAGGUUUUGCUUCCUGAGGUGCUGUGGUUGCGUGUUUUCUGAACGAGCCUUGAAGGAGAUAAAAGCAGAAGUUUGUCACACGUGUGGGGCCGCCUUCCGGGAGGACGACGUCACUGUGCUCAACGGCUCCAAGGAGGAUGUGGAAAUGCUGAGGAAAAGGAUGGAGGACAGAAGGCUGAGGGCAAAGCCGGGGAAGUUUUACAUCAGUGUGAUUUCAGAAUGGUUCGUUUCAGUGCUUAAAUUUUUGCUGACCAACAUAAAUAUCAUGAGUGACAGAAUUCUGGUGCCUACAAAUCUAACAAAGAAGGCAAAGAAGGCCAAGGCGGCAGAAUCUGCCUCGAAACCAGAUGCCAGUGAAGAAUCCCCUGGACCAUCAAAAAUGAAGACAGGGAAGCCUGAAGAAACCCUUGAUUCUGGAGAGAAGAAAAGCAGCUCAGCUCCAAAAAGCGCAGCAUCAAGUGGGGGCUCGUCUGGGAAAGCUGGGGAGCCCCCGUGUGGGGCCUCAAAGAGGUCCAUCGCCGACAGCGAAGAAUCUGAGGCCUACAAGUCCCUUUUCACAACCCACAGCUCCGCCAAGCGCUCCAAGGAGGAGUCGGCCCACUGGGUCACCCACACAUCCUACUGCUUCUGACGCCCAGGCAGGCUUGGCUUCUGUUUGGGCAGGGGGCGUGGGCGUGGGCGCGGGCUGUCCUGUGCGUCCUCUGCGUCUCCGCUGGCUCCGUGUUACAGUUGUCUCCCAAACCUGGGAGCCUGUGCAGUAUGUGUAUUCCCGGAGAGGGUGUGGGUGGUUUGUAUGGUUAAAUAUACAUAAACAUUUCCAAAUUCUGUU